AUGAGGCUGUGGCAGUGGGUGCUGGUGUGGGUGUGGCUGGCCCAGCUGGGAGCCAUAGAAACAGCGCCCAUCCCCAAGAGUGCCAAGGCUUCAGCCCCAGCAGCAGAGUCUCCACUCUUCAUAGACAGACCUGACUUCUUUGAUUACCCAGACUCGGACCAAGCCAAGCUCCUGGCCGUGGCCCAGUUUAUUGGAGAGAGACCUGUCGUCUUUGUUAACUCAGGUUCCAGCUCCGGGCUCUUCCAUCACAUCCUGGUGGGUGCGCUGGUGGUGGCCUUCUUCUUCAUCCUUUUCCAGUUCUGCACCCACAUGAGCUGCCAGAAGGGGGCCUAAAGAGCUGGACCAGGGCCCUGGACCGGCCUGGGUGCCCAAGCCACCCUCUGCUCCUGCUGACAAAUAAAGGCCCUUGCUGUCUUCCUCCCUGUCUGCUCAGUAGCCAGCUGGGGACCUGCCUUUCUGUGGUCAUCUUUCUUCUGGCUGUCCAGCUCCCUCCCUUCCUGGCCCCAAAGAACUGGGUGGAGAGAGGGCCUUGGUGG